UGGCUCCGCAGUAGCUACUCCAAGCCGAACGGAAGCGAAUCAAUCAGCAGGAGCAGAAUGCAGCGGGCACAACAACUCACUUCCAAGGUCCUGCUGGCCACGGCCAUCCUCUACGCUUGCUUGGCGCCCGCUGCCUGCAUUUACGAGGACACGAUCCAGAGUUUCCUCAACGAGUUUCGCAUGCGCAUGUGCCAUCCCAUUCCGAAUCUGGGACUGCCCGCCUUGGAUCCACUGCAGCUGGGUCCUGCCGAUACAGAAGUGAACAACAAAUACCUGGUGGACUUCACGGGGUCCAUCGACAACUUUCAGUUGCACGGUCUGUCCGACUUCGAUGUUCCCGUCCUCACCUUAAACUUGGUGCCUGGUCUGAAGAACACCAUUAACGUCACCUUUCCACUCACGCACUUCGAGUCCUUGUACACCUCCAAAGGAUCACUGGCCUACAUCCUCAACCUGGCCGGCGAUGGCAAUGCCGCAACCUCUAUCACAAACUUUUCCGUCCUCGUUACCUUUCGCUUGAGAUCCGUGUCGCCAUUGGCCAUAUCUUCCCUGCAGAUUGAGAUGCAGUUGGGAAAUCUAUGGAUAAACUUUGACAACCUGAUGGAGGAGGAGCGUAUCACUGAAUUUAUCCAUGCUCUGGUCAACGAAAUGGGCGUGGAACUGCUCGGCGACAUCUGGGACUAUGGACAGGAUACGGUGAUCGCCAAAGUGCAGACGGCUGUUAACAACUUUUUGGGUCAGUACUCCCUGACGGAUAUUAUCCAAAUCAUAGUUGGAGGAGGCGGCGGCGAGGAAAGUGCACCCAUUUUCGAGGGCGUGGAGCCCGACUGCAAGCUGGAGGCCAGCACAAGCAACUAAGACUGAAAUCUGAUGAAAUACCCAUUAUCUUAUAUAAGCCACUAUUUAAAUUUAGCCUAGAAAAUAUACGUACGUUUAGAUUAAUA